CAUCUACUUCGUCACCUUUCCCGCAAAUGCCGCUAUCCAGACCGCGACUGCGGCUGUUUAAGCUGAAGUUUUGGGCACCUUAUGGCACUAUCAGAGAUAAACCCACCGUGGGUGCUUUCAGCCCACUGCGCCCGCUCCAAUUGCGUCCACCGCUGUCACUGAAUAGCGGCUCCCGUCGAUCCUUCGUGAUCCCAUACGCCAAACUUGUUGAGACUACCGGAUUGAUCGAAAAAGCAGACAACGAAGGUCUGCUGUAUUUUGACAACAUCUAUCCUGUCCGUCAUAACCUAUGGGACUUUAGGCAGCAAAUUCUUUCCAUCGCGUCAAAGUUCGAAUCAAAGAAUAUACUCGCGUUCAUGCGUGAGAACGUAAUUCCAGAAGAUCUUCCGAUUUCUCUUUCUUCGGUAAUUCCCAGGCCCAAAGAUGGUGGUGUGAUCAUCAAGUUUACAAACCACAGCUCUUUGCCUGAGUCUGAGGUUGAGAAGAGGAUCCAGGAGCAUGUCGAGAAUCACACGUUGAGACCGUGGUUCAAUCCAUUCCGCACUACUCGCUCGUUUGUCGUUCGUGGAUCUCCUUGGAUCGAAGAUCUUCAUCGUUUUCCGUCUGCUCGAGUUCGCGUGGAGUUUGAGGGCGCGGACGUUGAUCAGGAGACUUUGUACUUGCUCUUUCGGCGAUACGGAUUGAUCCGCGACAUCACCCCGCUUUCGCCCGCUGUGAAAGAUCUUCCGCGGUACGCUACGAUUCAGUAUGUUGGAUUGCGAAGUGCUGCAUCGGCUAGAAACUGUCUUCAUGGGUUUGUUGCGCCUAAUGGCACUAAGCUACAUAUCUAUUACGACAAGGCGCUGAAGAAGAACAUGAUCCGCGAGUGGUUUUUCGGCCAUCCCAGGAUUGUAAUUCCUGCUCUAGCGGCUUUGAUCGCUGCACUCACCGUUGCAAUCUUUGAUCCGAUCCGCACUUUUUUCAUCAAGCGCAAGAUCACCAAGAGCUAUUCCUUGACUGAGAACAAAUUCUUCAAAUACCUCAAGGAGCAGACAACGUCAGCUUUGAACGCCAUCAUGACAAAUGGUGGACUGGGACGAUAUGUGAGAAGGCAGAAUGCCGAAAUGCAGAUCGGGUUUGCAGACCGGCAGGAUGUCGUUGAAAGGCUCAGGUUUUUGAUCAGCGAGAGUCCAGAGACGUUCAUUGUUGUACAGGGUCCGAGGGGUAGCGGCAAGGUUGACCUGGUUAGAGAAUAUGUGGUUAAAGAUGGAGACAAUACGCUCACUAUCGACUGCCAGCGCUUGGUCGAGACUCGUACGGAGGCCUUGUUUGUAAAGGAACUAUCUGCACAGACAGGUUAUUUCCCAGUGUUCCCGUGGAUGAACAGCGUUUCGUCGUUUGUGGAUUUGGUUGCCCAAGGUCUGAUCGGUCAAAAGGCGGGCUUCUCCGAGACCCUCGAUGCACAAUUCAAAAAGAUUCUCGAAAAUACUGAUACGGCAAUCAAGGAGAUUGCGGUUGAAGCGCAUAAACAUGCAGUUGGCGUUGUCCACCCCAAAAACCAGAACAGCGUUGACGCUUGCAAGACUAUGGAUCUGAUUGCUUCCGAAGAUGUCGAUGAAAGUCAAAGCGAGAGUCGGAGCGAGGACUUUUAUAUAGGAACUGGGAUCCCAAGACCGGUGAUUGUCAUUGAGCAUUUCCUUCACCAGCGGGACAAGCAUGAGACCAUGUACCGGACGAUGGCUGAAUGGGCGGCAGGGUUGGUUGCUGCCAAAGUUGCGCAUGUGAUUUUCGUUACUGAUGAUGUUGGGUAUUCCAAGUUGCUCCAAGAGGCAAUGCCGAAUACGGUUUACAACACAGUGAAUAUCGGCGACGCUCCCCCCGAUCUAGCAAAGUCAUUUGUCAGACGUCAGACAAUGGCGCUCCCGGACACCGGCACAGACCGCGAAGAUACUUUGAAGGAUCUUGACAAAGCAUUGGAGCCAUUGGGAGGGCGGAUGACUGAUCUGCUUGCACUUAUCCGUCGCAUCUCGAUUGGAGAGACCAGCUUACAAGCUGCGGAUGAGAUGAUCAGACAGAGCUCGACAGAGAUCAUCAAACGCUUUCUCAAGUGCGGCUCUGAUAUAGCUUGGAAUCCUGAGCAAGUGUGGACAAUCGUCAAGGGUUUAGCGACAGCUGAGGAUAUCCGGUAUAACCAGCUACUGGCCGACCCGCUUUUCAAAGGAAACAGUGAUGUGAUUGCAGCUCUUGAACACGCCGAGCUGAUUACUGUUACCGAACGCGACGGACGACCCCACGCAAUCAAGCCGGGAAGACCAAUUUACAGGGCGGCGUUUAAGCGUUUGAUCCAGGACAAGGGACUCUAUGCCGACCAGGAGAUUACGCGGUUGACCUCAAUCGUGGGAGUUCUGUCUGCCGGAAUUUCAAAGGAUGAGGACGAAUUGGUCAAACUGUCUGCUUUGUUUACGCCAAAGGGACCGGCGGUGGAUGUUAGUGAUCGCAUGAGAUUUCUGGCGGAUGAUAUUCAAGUGCGGCAGAAGAAGAUCAGCCAGUGCUAUAAGCAAAUUGAGGAGCAGAAGAAGGUUAUGGCGGUUGUUUAUUAGAUAGAGAUGUUUACAGUCUUUGACUGAUAAUGCAAGUAACAAUUAAAGA